AUGUGGUCUUCAACUUCUGUGGACUUCAGUGUGACUCGUCCUACAGUGCAACCCGGUGCCAUCUCUUCUGCAGGAGGUAUCCAAAGUCCUUGCUCCAUGAGGUCUUACAGGUCAUACUUCAGUCACCAUUCUUCUGUCUGUACUUAUGUACAGAGAAUUUCUCUUAAAAGAUCAAAACAGAGGCCAUUUAGACAUGUGAACAUGUACACAUGUCAGAAACACCAAGCCAAAUUAUGGUGUGUCCAGGCUUUUCGCAUCUAUUCCACUUCCAGCACGGAAUCCUAUAAAUCUGAACCCCCAAUAGGUGUUUACGCUGACAGCAAGACUGAUUUCCAGCUUCGCUUACUGCAAAGAAGGGUUGGGGACUCCUUUAAGCAUCUGUCAAGACACAUCAAUGUGUACUUUAAGCAGAAAGGGAUGUCUGUGGCUGGUGGUGCUGGUCAGUCAGGCAUUGUGUCUGGAGUGCAAGAUCUUCUCACUGGAGUACAGAGGCCAGAACUGGAUGAAAGAACCUCCCUUAAAGAUAUAGAUGCUACAGAGCUUAAACAGAUGCAUUCUGAUGAAUCGCUUUUAACUUCAGCAUAUUCAAGACUACAGUUGUUUCAUAUGAGUUCUCUGGUGAGCAGGUUUGGGGAGAGCUACAACUAUGUAGCCAGCCACAUAAAUUAUGUCUUCUCUAAAAAUCCAGCAAAUCAAGUCUGUACGUCAGUGUCAGCAUCUGAAGAUUUACUUAGACGAUCCAGAACCAGAUCUACAGGAAUCAGUAAUCAAAGAGCCAGUAGUAAAGAAAAUGGCCCUCUAGUAACUGGACCAGCUCGCCAUAAAGCAGCUGUAAUAGAUGUUGACAGUAAUGAUGACUGCAGUACUUUGGAGGAAGGCUAUCUUCAUUUUGCUCAUCAUAUCAAUAGAUACUUUGGGGCAAAAGUGGCAGAUACUGUUAAGGAACCAUUACACCAAAGCAUGACCACGGAUACCCAACCACUGCCUUCUCUCUCAUCACAAGAACAGUCUUCCCAGAGGCCACAGAAUUCCCACCCUCUCCGACCUAAAUCCCUUUUCCAUAUGAGCACCCUCAGUACACACUUCGGGGAAAACUACGCCUAUAUGGCCACUCACAUUAAUCGCUACUUCAAAGGCUCGACAGCAACAGAGGAAGAAAUGGAAAGAGAUCCAUACAGAGGACAGCCUGAGUAUAGAAUCACCAUGAAUAAACAUAUAUCAUUUUUCCAGCACAUUUUAAGCACCUCAGCUAUUCCCAGCUUUGUUGGCAGCUACUUGGGAAUGGCUUCCAAAAAUCCCACGUCAGGAGACACAGCCCCAAAGGCCAUGCUGGAUAAAGUGGCAGUAAGAAGAAAGCUGGCAGAAGAAAGGACCCAGAUUCUUCUUGGCAAAUUGGACAAAGCCAGAACACGAUCAUUUAUCAACUCUUGCAUAGAGGAGUUGAAUGCUCAUCUUAUUCUCCACCCAGCAUGCAAGACUGUCGUGUGGCAGGAAAAAGCAACAACGCAGAUUUUAAAGCUUCGGCGGCUUUUCUGGAUGGAUAGGAAAGUUCAGGCAGCCAUUAGAGAAACUCUUGCCCUGAUUGGUUAUGUGGACCCGCUCAAGGGUUGUGGCAUACGAGUUCUAUCAAUUGAUGGUGGUGGAACCAGAGGGGUAGUUCCACUGCAGAUACUGAAACAGCUGGAGGCUCGGACCGGAAAGCGGGUUUAUCAGCUCUUCGACUACAUAUGUGGAGUGAGCACAGGAGCGGUUUUAUCCUUUAUGCUGGCACUGGCUCAUUUCUCUCUAGAAGAGUGUGAAGACAUGUACAGACGUUUUGGGUCAGAUGUUUUCAAACAGAACCCCUUUGUUGGCACUGUGAAGAUGGGCUGGACGCAUUCAUACUACAGCACAGAGACCUGGGAAAUGAUCCUGAAGGAGAAGAUUGGCAACCAGUUUCUUAUAAAAACAGCCAGAGAUGAGCGAAGUCCUAAGGUGUCUGCUGUAAGUGCAGUGGUGAACUGGGGUACCAGUCCCAAACCUUUCAUUUUCAGAAACUAUAAUCACCCCCCAGGACGCCUCAGCCGUUACGCAGGUGGAUCUGGGUACCAGCUUUGGCAGGCUGUCCGAGCCUCUUCUGCUGCUCCAGGAUACUUCCGGGAGUUCCCCCUGUAUAACGACAUACACCAGGAUGGGGGCAUCAUUCUGAACAACCCCUGUGCUCUUGCUGUCCAUGAAAGCAGGCUGCUCUGGCCAAAUCAGCCCUUCCAGUGUGUGCUUUCUUUAGGGACUGGACGUUACGAUAAUGCUAAAAGGGGGCCUGCAACUUCUACCAGUCUGCGAGCCAAACUCAGCAACCUGAUCAGCAGUGCCACAGACACAGAGGGUGUGCACACCCUCAUUGCUGACCUGCUGGAGCCAGAUGUGUAUUUCCGCUUUAACCCAAUGCUGAGUGCCGAGGUCUCACUGGACGAGAGUCGGCCCGGUGCUCUGCAGCAGCUUCAGCAGGACACUCAGCACUAUCUGGAGCGGAACGAACUCAAACUGGAGCUUCUGUGCAGGGUACUGAGUGAAGAACGUACAGCACUCAGGAAGACCAGGGACUGGAUUAGUGAGAAAGCCUGGGAGCUACAACAGCGAAUGGUUUAACAUAGGAUCAAGAGACCACUAACAUACGCUAUAUGGUUGAAAGUAAGUGGACACCUGAGUGUAUGCUUUUUGGGCGUCCGAUUUUAAAACUAUAGACAUUAACAUGAAGUUUCUGCCUCCUUUUGUGACUAUAACAGCCUCUACUCUUCUAGAAAGGUUUUGGAAUGUUUUCUAAAAAGGGGGUCCAUAUACUUGACCAUAUAGUUAAUAACCAAAUAUUAGUUGUGCAAUAUGUAUAUUUUGUCAUAUUUUUAGGAGACACAAUAAAUGAAGAAAAUUUAAACUCAAA